UACAGUAUUACAUACAUUGCUGCGGAUCAUAAAGCAAAAUAAAUUACAAUCAAAAUCCAAAAUCCGAACAAUGGAUCCCAGUCAGUUUUCCAGUCAGCCUCCAGAAGCCUACAAAUCAUCUGGGAAAUCAGGGAUGCCAGCAGCGCCACCACCAGCAUACCAGCACAAUCCUGCUGGAUAUCCUCCUUCCUUUCUGAACCAGCCGGUCCCCCAGGGCCCAUACACCCAGGGGCCAUAUCCAGGACAGCCUGCGGUCACUGUACAGCCUGCUGUUUUUGUGACCGCCGCUCCACUGGCCAAUCCAGUGCCAGAUUACCUGGCCUAUUCCAUCUUCACCAUGCUGUGCUGCUGCUUACCUCUGGGCAUUGCUGCGCUGAUUUACUCCAUCUUUACUCGAGAUGCCAACAACUCAGGACAGCGAGAAUUAGCAGAGAAGAACUCCAAAACUGCACGCACCCUGAAUCAUGUCGCCCUUGGUAUUGGCCUCGUUGUCAUUGUAGUGAUCAUCAUCAGCCAGAUUGUGAUUCGGACUGCUAGAUAAAAACUGACAUGGUUAUAUGCAGAUUACAAACUGAUUUGAUUUUCUGUAUUUUGAAUGUCACUAGUUCAGUUUAUCAUUACUCUAAUAUGCAUUGAGGCUAAUUGUUGUAUGUUUGAAAUGAAAGCUCCUGUGCUAAGA